GAGGGAAUAUAUGAAGGAGGAAGUGGAGGAUUGUACUGAAGAUGAGGCGACUGAAUCGGAAGAAGACCUUGAAUUUGAUGAAAGAACUGGAUGCCUUUCCAAAGGUUCCUGAAAGCUAUGUGGAGACUUCAGCGAGCGGAGGCACAGUUUCUCUGAUAGCAUUUACAACGAUAGCUUUCCUGACUAUAAUGGAGUUCACGGUGUACCGGGACACAUGGAUGAAAUAUGAAUACGAAGUAGACAAAGAUUUUACUAGUAAGUUAAGAAUCAAUAUUGAUAUUACAGUUGCCAUGAGGUGUCAAUAUGUGGGGGCUGAUGUUCUGGAUUUAGCAGAAACAAUGGUCGCCUCUGCAGAUGGGCUAAUCUAUGAACCAGUAGUAUUUGAUCUCAGCCCACGACAAAAAGAAUGGCAAAGGAUACUGCAGCUAAUUCAGAACAGGCUGCAGGAAGAACACUCUCUUCAAGAUGUGAUAUUCAAAAGUGCUUUUAAAAGUGCUUCUACAGCACUGCCACCACGGGAAGAUAAUUCAUUACAGUCCCCAGAUGCAUGCAGAAUUCAUGGCCAUCUCUAUGUCAAUAAAGUGGCAGGGAACUUUCACAUAACUGUGGGCAAGGCAAUACCCCACCCUAGAGGCCACGCACACUUGGCAGCCCUUGUAAGCCACGAGUCCUAUAACUUCUCUCACAGAAUAGAUCAUUUGUCAUUUGGAGAGCUUAUUCCGGGAAUUAUUAAUCCUUUGGAUGGAACAGAAAAAAUAGCAUCAGAUCACAACCAGAUGUUCCAGUAUUUCAUCACAGUUGUGCCAACCAAACUCCAUACAUAUAAAAUUUCAGCAGAAACUCAUCAAUUUUCAGUGACGGAAAGG